ACUGCAGCUGGAGAAGGGCGGGCGGGAGAGAAGCAGUUUCUCGAAACAGCCGGCUGGUUCAUUCUCUUCUGGCUAGAGGGACACCUGUGACUGACAGGCCUUCCUUGAGGUCCAGCAGACUUUUUCCAAGACUGACUUGGAGGACCUCAAACUUUGCUGGUGGAGAUUGAGCAAGCGCCCAACCAUGUUGCAUGCACAUCUGGAGCAGAGCAGUGCCAAGCCUCUUCCUGUAGUGAUCAUAGGAAAUGGCCCUUCGGGGAUCUGCUUAUCCUACCUACUGUCUGGUAACAUUCCCUAUGUCCGAAGGAACCCUGUUCAUCCUAAUCCCAUUCUGCAAAGGAAACUGGAAGAGACACCUGAGGUUUCCAUCUUAGACCAGGAUAUUGAGUACCUAUCUGAAGGUCUGGAAGGGCGAUCCUCCAGCCCAGUUGCUCUCCUUUUUGAUGCCCUGAUGCGUCCAGAUACUGAUUUCGGUGGGACUGCAGAUUCAGUCCUUGCUUGGGCACAUCAACCUGACAGAGCCAUUCCUCAUCUGGUUCUUGGCAAAAACCUUCCUGGAGGAGCCUGGCAUUCUAUCGAGGGAUCCAUGUUCACACUGAGCCAGGGAGACUGGAUGGGGCUUCCUGACCUGCAGUUCAAAGACUGGUUGAGUAAGAAGAAAAGGGGCUUCAGAAAUAACAGGGCGACUGCAGGAGACAUAGUCCAGUAUUAUCAGUACUAUGUGGCAAAGAAAGGGUUAAAGAAAAACUUUCGCUGUGGAACUCUUGUGACGUCUGUAAAGAAACUGAGUGUGGAUGUAGACUCCUGCUACAACAGUCAAAAUCCACAAACCAACCCCCAGGUAGACAGUGGGAGCCUCUUCCAGGUUGAUGGGUUUCUCACGACGGUCAGUGGUACACAGCCCUUCUCUGUGUAUGCGGAAAAUGUGGUUUUGGCCACAGGGACAUACGACAGCCCAUCCCGCUUAGGGGUGAAAGGAGAGCACCUUCCAUUUGUCCACCACACGCUCUCCGCCCUUGAAGAAGCUGUAAAGAACAAGGAGAUUGGCAUGAUGUCUGACCCGAUCCUGAUUGUUGGCGCUGGGCUCACUGCGGCAGACGCCAUCCUCUUUGCUCACCAUUGCAACAUCCCAGUGAUCCACGCCUUCCGCAGAAGGGUCAACGACCCAGCCCUCAUCUUCAACCAGCUCCCUAAGACAAUGUAUCCCGAGUACCACAAAGUCCACCAGAUGAUGAAAGAGCAGGCCAUCCCUUACCCGGGGCCAUAUGAAUGCUAUGUCAGCCUUCCUGAGCACCACAUUGUCACCUUCACAGAGGACAGGAAAUGCAUCUUUUGCGAUAAGAGUGGCCGCCAGAAAAUACACAACAUCUCCAUGGCUUUUGUCCUCAUCGGCUCCAACCCUAACCUAACCUACCUGCCCAACAACGGUGUGGACUUGGCGGUGGACUGUGAGCAGCCGGUCAGCUCCAAGAGGAACCCCAUUGAUGUUGAUCCCUUUACCUACGAGUCUGUCCACGAGAAGGGACUCUAUGCUAUGGGACCAUUAGCUGGGGACAAUUUUGUGCGGUUUGUGCAAGGUGGUGCUUUGGCGGUGGCCAGCUCUCUCCUGAAGAAGGCCAACCCCAACCCGCCAUAACACUUGCGGACAUUCCCCUUAGAGAAAGACCCACGUCAGCCUUUGAGAAGAGGGGGACUGAGCACAUGCAAGUCUACCAGAUAUGAAAUCUCUCUAUUGUAGCAUUCGGUAGGUCUGCUCUGAAAGGCCAGGUCGCAGAUUCAAGACAAUGUGCUUGCGGGACGUUCGCUUCUCAAGCUGCCACAUGCCCAACCUUUUCUCCCUGCUUUACAAGUUGGGGAGGCAGCUCUAUGCAGGCUUUGGCACACAAGAAGUGGAAAGGUGCUGGAGCAACUGCUGGUUUCUGAAUACUCAGAGUGAAAUUGGCAACAGGGUCUUCUUUGAAUGUAGAUAAGUGUUCGCAUUUAUUAUGUAGAUUUCUCUAAUCUUCACUGUCCCAUUAAAAAAUACCAUUCUGAACAGCUGUGAAAUAGAAAGCAUCACUCGAAAAGAGUGUGUGACUUGGAUCCAAAGUUGCACAAAGCUGUAAAAUUAUUUUUAUUUUUUUUAAAGCCAGGCAGCGCCUGCGGGUCUCAAACCGCUGGAAGCGAUUAGGGGAUCUAAGCAAUGCUUUGGUUGAUGGAACCGCUGGGCUGAGCUAGCUGCUUUAUUUAUUUAUUUUGAUACACUAAUGGUGCCAAGUGGGUUUUUCUUGGGCCCAUUUGGCAGUAGCCCCUUAUUCCCCCAAAGUCCCACAAACUUUGGGGGGAUCCUCUAGAGUACAUUUUCAGGAGCGUAAGAAGGUUCUGCAGCUAAUUGGCAAGUUCCUAAAGGCUCUAAGGACAUAACCUGCUUUUGUGGGUUUUCUAAGGGCAUCCUGAUGUUGACUAUUGUGUUGUAGCCCAGCCUUCUCCAACCUGGUUCUUUCCAGAUGUUCUGGACUGCAACUCCCAUCAGCCAAAGCAGCACAGCCAUGCUGUCUUUGGCUGAUGGGAGCUGUAGUCCAAAAUACCAGUAGAGCACUAGUUGGCAAAGGCUUCUGUACCUGCUGCCCACUGCUCUCCUGCUCUCCUUUAGAGGUGUGGAUUUUGAGUAGCCUAGCUAAGCAAUCGUGGAUGCAACAGCUGAAAUCUCAGGAAAUCCUUCAACACCCCCUUGUUGACUUUAGGUCUACAUGCUGAAUUUUAUAAACUUAAAUUUUGCUGGUUUAUAAGCAAAAGGUUUUUCAAAAAGAUUUUAAAAGAUUAUAUAUAUAUAUAUGUGGAGUAUUUUUUUGUAUACUGUUUUUAAAUAAAAAUAU